CCUGGGCCCUGUAAGAAUGAGGACCCCUUUCCUUCUCUUCUCAUGGUCUCUAUGGAGUGUGUGGGCCACAGCUUGCUGUUACCACUGCUACUGCCAGAUUGUAAGUUCCGAGAGUGUCGCUGUGUGUCUCCACACUUGGCUCCAGCUCCAGUAAAACCAGCUUCCCUGAAGAAUGGGCUCCUUGCCAACCAUGACCCUUUGUAGUCCACUGCUACCUGUGGAAUUGCACUUUUGACAUCUUAUCCUGAUGCAGAAGAAGGCUCUGCUCUACCUCAGCCUCAUGGUCCAGCUUGCGGGGUCCAGCCACAGAAGUCUGCAGCACAUUGGAACCCAGCCCCUUGUAGACAUCCUUGUUUGAAGUAGAGCCACCCGUUUUCUCUGGCUGGAUGGAGAGGUCACACCAGGAUACUUCCUUAUCCAGAAAAGAUGCUUGCACCCAGACUUACCCACCUAGGAGGAGGAUCAGACAUGCCCAAGUGCAGGAUGCAGGUCAGCUGAAGCUGUCUAUUGAUGCCCAUGAUCGGGUUCUGCUGCUGCACAUCAUAGAAGGUAAAGGCCUGAUGAGCAAGGAACCUGGCAUUUGCAAUCCCUAUGUGAAGAUUUCUUUGAUCCCGGAAGACAGCCAGCUCUGCUGCCAGACGACUCAGAUCAUUCCAGACUGCAGAGACCCAGCUUUCCACGAGCACUUCUUCUUUCCUGUCCCAGAGGAGGGUGAUCAGAAGCGUCUUCUGGUGACAGUGUGGAACGGGGCCAGUGAGACCAGGCAUCACGCGCUUAUUGGCUGCAUGAGCUUCGGGGUGAGGUCUCUCUUGAUGCCGGACAAGGAGAUCAGUGGCUGGUACUAUCUGCUAGGGGAGGACCUCGGCCGGACCAAGCACCUCAAGGUGGCUAGGCGACGGCUCCAGCCCCUGAGAGACAUGCUGUUGAGAAUGCCAGGCGAGGAGGACCCUGAGAAUGGGGAGAAGCUCCAGAUCACCAUCCGGAGGGGCAAAGACGGCUUUGGCUUCACCAUCUGCUGUGACUCUCCGGUCCGAGUCCAGGCUGUGGAUUCUGGGGGCCCAGCAGAGCGGGCUGGGCUGCAGCAGCUGGACACAGUGCUACAGCUGAAUGAGAGGCCCGUGGAGCACUGGAAAUGUGUGGAGCUGGCGCACGAGAUCCGGAGCUGUCCCAGCGAGAUCAUCCUGCUCGUGUGGCGUGUGGUCCCCCAGAUAAAGCCGGGGCCGGACGGCGGAGUCUUACGGCGGGCCUCCUGCAAGUCCACACAUGACCUUCUGUCACCCCCUAACAAGAGGGAGAAGAACUGUACCCACGGGGCCCCGGUGCGUCCAGAGCAGCGCCACAGCUGCCACCUGGUGUGCGACAGCUCCGAUGGGCUACUGCUUGGUGGCUGGGAGCGCUACACUGAGGUGGGCAAGCGCAGCGGCCAGCACACCCUGCCUGCACUGUCCCGGGCCACCACCCCUCCUGACCCCAACUACAUCAUCCUGGCCCCACUGAAUCCUGGAAGCCAGUUGCUGCGGCCUGUGUACCAGGAGGACGCUAUCCCUGAAGAACCAGGGACUACUACUACUAAAGGGAAAUCGUACACUGGCCUGGGCAAGAAGUCUCGGCUGAUGAAGACAGUGCAGACCAUGAAGGGUCACAGCAACUACCAAGACUGCUCAGCCCUGAGACCACACGUCCCACAUUCAAGUUAUGGCACCUAUGUCACCCUGGCCCCUAAAGUCCUGGUAUUCCCUGUCUUUGUGCAGCCCCUAGAUCUCUGUAACCCUGCCCGGACUCUCCUGCUGUCAGAGGAGCUGCUGCUAUAUGAGGGGAGGAAUAAGACUUCCCAGGUGACACUGUUCGUGUACUCGGACCUGCUGCUGUUCACUAAGGAGGAGGAGCCAGGCCGCUGCGACGUCCUGAGAAAUCCCCUCUACCUCCAGAGCGUGAAGCUACAGGAGGGUUCUUCAGAAGACUUGAAAUUCUGUGUGCUGUACCUGGCAGAGAAGGCAGAGUGCUUAUUCACUUUGGAGGCUCACUCGCAGGAGCAGAAGAAGAGAGUGUGCUGGUGCCUGUCGGAGAACAUCGCCAAACAGCAACAGCUGGCCACGACGCCUGCCGAGAGGAAGAAACUUCACCCUUACGGCUCUCUCCAGCAGGAGAUGGGGCCAGUCACCUCCAUCAGUGCCACCCAGGAUAGAAGCUUUACCUCAUCAGGACAGACUCUGAUUGGCUGAGCAAGCCCAAGGGCCGGACUAUGCUUCUGGCAACGCUGGGGUUUCCCCUAUCACACAGUAACCUCAUCUCAACUGGACCCAAAACAGAAGACCAAGAUGGUGGGCCUAGGGUCAUCUGGAGGGAGUGGUCCCAAGGGUGUGUGUGGACCUGGCAACAGGAGGGACAGUGGUAUGAGGGACCCUGUGGGUUUGUGCAGACUGGUACCAGGAAGUCCUGGAUGGAGAAGACUCCAAAGCAAGCUCCCUCCAGGAGGCUAAAUGGCACCUGGGUGCCUUCUUGGGCACAGCAGGAAAGAGGGAGAGGGCGCUCGAAUGGAAGAUGAUGCCUGUGACCCAUUUCUGCUGGAAGACAUCUCCCCUUCCCACUCCUGUUUCAUUCAAAUGGACGUAUUUACAUCCUUGGUCAGCGGGAACCCAGGGGACAUCUCCUUUGCGCGAGUAUAUGUGCUAGAGGAUACUGUGCUCCCAUCAAGAUCCCAGCCCUCCCUGUCCCAACAGGGAGAGAACACCAAAUAAAUUGACCCUGGUACAUGGCCGCACACUGCAAGCGUCUGUACAGAAACAUCACAGAUGUCUUCAGGCAGGGCAUUAUGUCUAGUUGCUAUGUGUGAGGUGUGAAGGGGAAUGAUACAGCUCGAUCUGAGGCCUACGAGCUGGAAAGGAGCUAGCUAGCCAAGGACUUUGGAGAGAGCAUCCCAGGCAGUGGAAAAAGCACAGGAAGAGAUGAGAAGGAGGGAGCACGGUGUGCUGAGGAGCAGAGGGAGGCUGGUGCAGCUGCAGCUUUGUGAGGAGGAGGAGGAGGAGGAUGGAGCCAGGCCACGCUAUUCCGGACAUAGACGGUGAUCGCUUUGUGGAUUCCUACCUUACAGUACGGAGCCAUAGAAGGAAGGCUUAAGGAAGGGUGUCACAGACUCCUCUGGGUGCAUAUCUACAAGAGCAGAUUGCAAUUAGGGGGGCCCAAGGGGCUAUGGGACUGGUUAGGGCUCCCCUUCAGGCCUCCAGGGUAAGGGAUGAUGGCGACUUGAUCUAGAGGGCACAGGGUUGGUAGGUAUUGGAAAGGUAGGCUCUGGGCUAAGGAGUGAUGACCGCUUACCCUUGCCUGCCCUCAUGCUCCACUGGGUCUUGCUAUCGUUGGUGUGAGGUUUGAGGUCUCCCUCCUCAGGACUCCUCUCCUCAGGCCAGAGCUUGAGCCAGUGUUGAGCUUUUGGGAAUGUCUGUGAGCACCAGAACAAUAAAGUUUAAUUUUCUCAUGAUGGGAAAGCUGGGUGGGGCCUUACGCUCUGAGAACUCCUGUUUUUUUUUUUUUUGUUUUGUUUUUUUGUUUUUUUUUUGUUUUGUUUCCUGUUGUUUUUGUUUUGUUUUUGCUUUCUGUAUGGCUUCUAAGGGUCAGGGCCAGGUGUGGCUGAGCAGCCUUUACAGAGACCAAGUGAAAGGAAUCUUGCCCAGGUCCAGUGAGGAGAGCCGGGGCUCUGGCUAGGUAGCUCAUCCUUUUCUAACUGUAGAGACCCAGCAGGUCAGAAUCUCAAGGCUGUGGAUCAGAGGGACAAGAGCCCUGUGCUAGGGAGUAUUUGUAGGUUUAGGUACUGAGCACUCAGAGAGAGAAAGCUGCAGUGAUGGCUAAGGCCAGAGGAAGCCCAGUCCUGGGUCAUAAGGAAGAUUUUUGGGCUCUUUUGAGUUUGCUAAACUGCCAGAGCCACCUGAACCCCUAAAUGGUGGCCCGGGAGAGAGUAUGUCCCUUAUUUUCCCUUUGUCCCUUCCUUCCAACAUUGGAAAAGUGAGCCAUGCUGAGUUAUCAGUCUAGCAGGGAGUGGGGUGGAUCUGCAGGAAUCAGGCUAACGCCCAGCCCAGCCAGGGAGGAUUGGCUUGGAUCAAGGGAUGGGUAGCACCACACCAGCAGCCAACCAGCAGCCCAUACGGUGAAUCCGAACAGCCGGGCCUGUGCAGACAGCCAGCUCCACAUUGAUUUCAUUAGAUUCUCUCACCUAAUGAUCGUGAAGCACAGGAGAACCAACCACCUGCGUGGGAAGUCAGCCGUCUUGCCUCACCUGGGUCUGGGGACCGACCUCUGUCCGACAGAUGGGUACAGAAGACAAGAAGGGCUCAGGAAAAUGGAGGCUCUGAACAUAACCCAUCCUUGCGGAUAGGCCGCUCUCCCUCAUAAGCUCCUGAGUAGAACAGAUUCUCCCAGCAGGCUCUCAGGCCUGCCGGCUGAUGGGCAAAGAUGACAGGUACUCCACUCCUGGCAGGUCCUGGGCUAGCUUGCUCAGUGACUGUGGUGAGCGGCGGCACCACGGCCAUCUUGCUUCAUGAAUCAAUGCGACAAUUAAUUUGGUGUUACGGCCCCGAGAAGAUGAAAUGUGACCCUGUGGCCUCCACUCCUCAGUCCAUCCCAGCUGUUUGAGAGGAUGAACAGCUCGAGAGGCGGCCUCUGAGAGCCAUAAUCACGGGAAACACGGCCGGGCUCCUCCCUGCCGCAUAAAUCAUUCUAAGAAGCACACAAUGACUUCUUUCCUGAUGGGCUAAUUGUCUUGGGUGGUGUCUCUGGCCCAGGAGCUGGGAGGUUGGGAGCACAACCACUUUAUUGUUGAAAGGCCAUCUGUGAGAUUUGAAUACAAAGUGCCUCUUUUA